CGGCUAUACACGACACCGCAGGCAACAACCGAGCGCUCUUGGCCCAAACCGCUCGAGUAUGAGGUGUACCCUCGCUCACUCGUUCGUCGUAGUGGGGCAGGAUCCUGCUCAAAUCCGCGAGCACGAGGCAUACCCUGAGAGCCAGCGAACGGGCACUGAGAUUCUUUUUCAGCCGUGUGCCCGCACGUGUUGCGUCUGUCCCCUGACCGGCUCUGUUUCUUCUCUCCUACGCGAAUCUGAUUUUCGUUUAAGUCGCGUGUGUCACGGGGGAAUUUUUUAGCUCGCGUUCCUCUCUAUUCACCCGAAGUGGCGCAGUAUGCGUUUUCGCAAUCUGUUUUAAAUUCAAUACAGUUUUGUGCAAAGUUGGGAGUGCUGUGAUAAAGGGGAACUACUCAAAGAAAUGCUUGUGUGUGCGUUGCCGAGCCGCUGACGAUGACACGAAGACGACCACCGAGACCAGAUUCGCUUCGGAUCUACUUGUUGGCCUGGCUGCUUUCGAUCGUCUUGCCUGCUAGAAGCGGUGUAGUGUACAAUGCGGAUAAACAGAGGUACGACGGGUGGUACAACAACCUUGCACAUCCGGAUUGGGGAUCGAUCGAUAGCAGGCUGAUACGAAAGAUGCCAGCGGCGUACUCCGAUGGGGUUUACAUGUUAGCUGGCCAAGACAGACCAUCCCCUAGAAAACUUAGUCAACUAUUCAUGCAGGGUGACGAUGGAUUGCCAUCAGUCAAAAAUAGGACUGCGUUAUUUGCAUUCUUCGGGCAACUGGUCACAUCGGAGAUAAUCAUGGCCAGCGAAAGUGGCUGCCCCAUAGAGUACCAUCGAAUCGACGUGGACAAAUGCGAUCCGGUUUUCGACAAGGAGUGCCAAGGUAACAAAUACAUUCCCUUCCGCCGGGCGGAUUACGAUCGAUUGACCGGACGCAGCCCUAACAGUCCUCGUGAACAGAUAAACAAAGUGACGAGCUGGAUCGACGGUAGCUUCAUUUACUCGAGCAGCGAAGCAUGGGCGAACACGAUGAGGUCUUUCAAGAACGGGACACUUCUCAUGGAACCGACCAGGAAGUUUCCCGUGAGGAACACCAUGCGUGCCCCGCUUUUCAAUCACGCCGUUCCGCACGUUAUGAGAAUGCUCAGCCCGGAACGUCUCUAUCUUCUGGGAGAUCCAAGAACGAAUCAGCACCCGCCGCUACUGUCUCUGGGCAUACUAUUUUAUCGGUGGCACAACGUGAUAGCCGCUCGGAUACAACAAGAAAAUCCGGAAAUGUCCGACGAGGACGUUUUUCAAAAAGCGAGACGUAUCGUUGUUGGAUCGCUUCAGAAUAUAAUUCUCUACGAGUAUCUUCCGAUACUUCUAAACGAAGAUCCACCGGCUUAUAUGGGAUACAAACCGGAUCUCCAUCCGGGUAUCAGUCACAUAUUUCAAAGCGCGGCUUUUCGAUUUGGGCAUACUUUAAUACCACCAGGAUUGUAUCGUCGAGACCAAAAUUGCAAGUAUAGGAGAACGAAUACCGAUCAGCCAGCAAUCAGACUUUGUUCCACUUGGUGGGAUUCCAACGAAGUAUUAACUAACAGCACAAUAGAGGAACUGCUUAUGGGAAUGACAUCGCAAAUAGCAGAGAAAGAAGACAAUCUCCUUGGCACUGAUAUCAGAAAUAAUUUAUACGGGCCAAUGGAAUUCUCGCGCAGAGAUUUGGGCGCUAUAAACAUCAUGCGUGGGAGAGACAACGGGCUGCCGGAUUACAACACGGCUAGAGCGCAUUUCAAACUGCCCCGUAGGAAAACCUGGAACGAAAUCAAUCCCCGAUUAUUCAAUAAAAAUCCUGCGUUACUACGCACGUUAGUCGAGAUCCAUUCAAAUAAUUUGAACAAUGUGGACGUAUACGUUGGUGGGAUGCUGGAGUCCAGCUCUGGUCCAGGGGAGUUGUUCACUGCAGUGAUCAAAGAACAGUUCCUCCGUUUGAGGGAUUCCGAUAGAUUUUGGUUUGAGAACGAAGAGACCGGGAUUUUUACAAAAAGCGAGAUAGAGGAUAUCCGUCGCGUCACUUUAUGGGACGUAAUAGUGAACGCGACGGGUAUCUCACCAGAUGCUAUCCAAAAGAACGUGUUCACCUGGGAAGAAGGAGAUCCCUGUCCCCAACCCUAUCAAUUAAACUCAACCAUGUUGGAACCCUGCGUACCUCUGCAACGUUACGACUAUUUCGAGGGAAGCGAGCUGGUGUACAUAUACGCCUGCGUUUUUCUCGGUUUCGUGCCGAUUCUGUGUGCCGGCGCUGGUUACGGCUUGGUUAAACUUCAAAACAGGAGGCGAAGGCGAUUAAAGAUCCUUCAGGAGGAAAUACAAAAGAGAAACGAUGGGAAGAUUUGCGUGGACAAGAUGAUCGUGCGCGAAUGGUUGCACGCGAACCACCGCCGCCAGGUCAAGGUGAAAUUCGGCCCGGAAGCGGCUCUGCACAUCGUCGACCGCAAGGGAGAGAAACUGCGUACGUUCGAUUUCUGCGAUGUGAACACGGUCGCGAUGGAGGAAUCCCAGGAAAACGAGAAGGGGCACCGAAAAGCGUUGAUCCUGUUACGGAUACCGCGGGACUACGACCUUGUCCUUGAACUGGAUUCGUUGGCCUCGCGUAAAAAAUUUAUUGCGAAACUGGAGGCAUUUCUGACGUCCCACAAGAAACACUUCACUCUGUCCGAAGUGAGCCGGGAGAUUAUGCUCGCGAAAGCGGAAACGAAGGAACGCCGUCAGAAGAAACUCGAACAGUUCUUCAGGGAAGCUUACGCGUUGACGUUUGGCUUGCGGCCCGGUGAAAGGCGCCGACGAUCCGAGGACAGCGACAGCGGGGAAGUCGUUACCGUGAUGAGGACCUCGCUUUCUAAAAGUGAGUUCGCCAGCGCACUCGGAAUGCGGGCGGACGCGGUGUUCGUUAAAAAAAUGUUUAAUAUCGUCGAUAAGGAUAGGGACGGGCGCAUUUCGUUUCAAGAAUUUUUAGACACCGUGUUGCUGUUCUCGCGUGGAAAAACCGAAGACAAAUUAAGAAUCAUUUUCGAUAUGUGCGACAAAGAUAGCAAUGGAGUGAUAGAUAAGGAAGAACUAUCAGAAAUGCUUAGAUCAUUGGUAGAAAUUGCACGAACGACUAGUUUGUCUGAUGAUCACGUUACCGAAUUGAUCGACGGGAUGUUUCAAGACGCCGGACUCGAGAGAAAGGAGUACCUCACGUACAACGAUUUCAAACUGAUGAUGAAAGAGUACAAAGGCGAUUUCGUGGCGAUCGGUCUUGAUUGCAAAGGCGCGAAACAGAAUUUCCUCGACACAUCGACGAACGUGGCUCGCAUGACCAGCUUCCACAUCGAUCAACUUCCGCCGGAGGACUCGAAGAACUGGGUUCGAAAACAGUGGGAUGCGGUUUCCACGUUCCUCGAAGAAAACCGACAGAACAUAUUUUAUCUCUUCGUUUUCUACGUCACGACCAUUGCUUUGUUCGUCGAAAGAUUUAUAUAUUACUCUUUCAUGGCUGAACAUACGGAUUUGAGACACAUUAUGGGCGUUGGUAUUGCUAUAACACGAGGAUCUGCGGCGGCACUAUCCUUUUGUUAUAGUUUACUCCUUUUAACAAUGUCUCGCAAUCUUUUGACAAAACUCAAAGAAUUCUCCAUUCAACAAUACAUCCCUCUCGAUUCGCACAUACAAUUUCAUAAAAUUGCCGCGUGUACUGCACUGUUUUUCUCUGUACUGCACACAGUGGGACACAUGGUUAAUUUUUAUCACGUUUCCACUCAACCAAUAGCCCAUCUUCGUUGUUUAACCAGUGAAAUUAGUUUCCCGAGUGACGCUCGACUGACGAUUUCCUUCUGGCUUUUUAAAACCGUAACAGGUUUGACAGGAAUCUUGUUAUUUAUUGUAAUGACAAUCAUUUUCGUUUUCGCGCAUCCGACUAUCCGUCAAAAGGCGUACAAAUUUUUCUGGUCCACCCACAGCUUGUACAUUGUUCUGUACGCUCUGUGUUUGAUACACGGCUUGGCUCGUAUAACCGGUUCGCCACGAUUUUGGAUCUUCUUCGUUGGGCCUGCUAUUAUUUACGCACUAGAUAAGGUGGUCAGUCUGCGGACCAAAUACAUGGCGCUGGAUAUAAUCGAAACAGAAUUGCUGCCGUCAGAUGUGAUAAAAAUUAAAUUCUAUCGACCACCAAACUUGAAAUACUUGUCUGGACAAUGGGUUCGGCUCUCGUGCACCGCAUUCAGAUCAAAUGAAUUCCAUUCGUUCACGCUGACAUCCGCGCCGCACGAGAACUUCCUCUCGUGUCACAUCAAAGCCCAGGGACCAUGGACCUGGAAGCUCCGCAAUUAUUUCGAUCCUUGUAAUUACAACCCGGAGGACGAGCAUCCAAAGAUAAGAAUAGAGGGUCCUUUCGGUGGCGGCAAUCAGGACUGGUAUAAAUUCGAGGUCGCUGUAAUGGUCGGUGGUGGCAUUGGCGUUACCCCCUACGCUUCCAUGUUGAACGAUCUUGUCUUCGGAACAUCCACGAACAGAUAUUCCGGUGUCGCUUGUAAAAAGGUUUACUUCUUAUGGAUUUGUCCCUCCCAUAAACACUUCGAAUGGUUCAUUGACGUGCUGAGGGACGUCGAGAGGAAGGAUGUCACGGAUGUGUUAGAGAUUCAUAUAUUUAUAACGCAAUUCUUUCACAAAUUUGAUUUACGUACGACUAUGCUGUAUAUCUGUGAGAACCAUUUCCAGAGGCUAUCUAAGAAGAGCAUAUUCACUGGACUGAAAGCGAUAAAUCAUUUCGGUCGUCCUGACAUGACUUCGUUCUUAAAGUUUGUUCAGAAAAAGCACAGCUAUGUCAGUAAAAUAGGAGUGUUCAGCUGCGGGCCUCGUCCUUUGACGAAGAGCGUAAUGUCUUCGUGCGAUGAAGUGAACAAGGGCCGCCGCCUGCCUUACUUCAUUCACCAUUUCGAGAACUUCGGCUAGUCCAAACGACGAGCGAGAGAGAGUCCGAGUUGUGAAUCGAGUGUACAUAUUUAUGCAUCUCUUAUUUAUAUAACGAGUAUUAUAUUUUUUAUUUAUGACAACAAAAAACUGAAUUUUUCAUUUAUACUUUGAUUACGCCAAUGAACUAUUGAUGUCAGCCCCCUGUUGUGUGUGAUAUGGCAUUGAUAAGCAGAACUGAUUAAACUGAGUGAGAGAUAAUCGUUUGAUAUCCUUUCGAAAAUUCCAAACUCUAUUUUCGAUGUCCCACAAAUUGGAAUACGGUUAAUUCUAGAUUUAGGAUUU